CAACAAAGCAAAUAUUCAGAAUGAUCGUGAAUUGAUUUUGAAUGUKUUUUGACAACAAUACAUCGUGUUUGAUGCUUGAAGCAGGGAUACUUCUUUGCACCUAAACAAUGUUUGUGUGAGGGUCCAACACGUUCAGCAGUCAAACCAGUGGACAAGCUGGAAUCCAGUCGCUCCGUGAGCCGAGGGGAUUCCCGACCGAAACCGAAACUAAAAGAAGAACAUUGAGAGGCACAACUCUUUAUGGCUUUAUAUGUCUAUACCUAAUAGAUGGGCAGUCAAGAAUUCCGACACUUUCUAGUUUCGAUAGCAGACGAAAUCACUGACGAUGAUUUGAAAUGUUUAAAGUUUUUGUGCAACGGGAAAAUACCCAAUGGAAAGUUGUCAACGAUCAAUAAGCCUAUCGAGUUGUUCGAUGCUUUGAUUAGACGCCCUGUAAGCAAACAAGAUACAAGAUUUCUGGUAGAGAUUUUAGAAAGUGCUAAACUAGAGAAAUUGAGUGAAAGAGUAAAAGAUUAUAGCGCUCAAGAUGUCAACCAUAAUGCAGAAGAAYGUCCAAGUAAACAUGGCCUACCAAAUAAAAACCAUCAUUUUGUUGGCCGAGAUGCUGUUGUCCUUUCAAUAGCCAACCUAUUAACAGUGAAAAACAAASGAAUGGUUGUAAUUUUAGGACCACCAGGUCGUGGCAAAUCUACUCUUGUCAGUCACAUUGGACAUGACUUGUACAAAAAGCAAAAGUCUGUCAUCUUUGUUUCUCUGAGGCAAAUCACAACAAUGGAYCUCUUAUGUACAUCCAUCUUGAAAACUAUUGACUCAGGCUGUUCAAAGAGUGACAAUGUGRUUGAACAGGCMCAAAAUUUGCUCACUUCCUUCAGAACWCMAACAGUUCUUAUCCUGGAYAACUGUGAAGACUUACAAAARUCUCCAUCUUGUUSUGACUUUCAAAMUUUCAUUGAGUAUGUUGGAAAUCAUGCAAACAAUCUUCAGUUACUAUUGGGUACAAGAAAGCCACUGUCUUCUAUAUCAUUUGAAAGUCACACUGAACAUCUUCAUCGGCUUGAAGAUCSRGAUUCCACYAAAUUGCUAGAGGCACUUGCACCUGGGAAAUUCCAAGSGGAUGAAGCAAAAACCCUUGGAGAAAGAUGUCGUGGUAUUCCUUUGUUGAUUAAGCUUGCUGCUGCAAGGGUCAAAAAUGGCUAUAAACCUUCAAAGCUUGCUGAAGAUUUAAGGUCAAGRCCUUAUGAAGUUUUCAAGCACAAAGGUGAUGACAUCCAAGAUUACUUGCUCARCUCAAUYAGAGUUUUCCUUGACAGUCUGAAUAGAGAAUUGUUAUUAUCUCUUGUUARACUGUCAAACUUCCCUAAUGAUUUCAUUGAGGAWMAGAUUGGYGAAGUGUACAAAGGGGACUGGUCAGACRCACUGUGCUCUCUCCGUGCAAAUGGMCUUGUUCAUCUGGAAUGUGAGCAUUAUAGUCUUCAUCCUUUGCUGCAGACAUUCUGUAGAGAGGAGCAAGAUCGUAUGGGAUGUGCUGAAGAAGGAACGCAAGCCAKACGAGCUUUYACCCUUCACUACUUGAAGAAGCUUGAAAWCAUCUGUAGAAAGUUUGUCAGCAAAGACUUCCAACUUGCCUUAAAGGUGUUUGAACAUGACAGAAUGAAUAUCCAACAAGCUCUGGAGAAUUCAAUCAAGUUCCAAUGCAAAGACAUCGAAGAAAGUUGCAUUAAUGCAUGCAACAACAGUGUAAAUUUUCUAGGCAAAAUCAUGCCRCCAAGACAAUGCCUGGAGAUCUACCAUCGUCUGUAUGACAUGGCAAGUUCGCAAAAAAACACUAGACAAAUGGCCGAGUGUUUGGCCUCUCUUGGGUUUAGGCAUUUAUGUGAUGGAAAUCAUCGAACAUUCUCCAAAGAGGCAAUUGAGUCUUUUGAAGAAGCAUACAAACUUUUUAAGAUUGUGAGCAAGAGCAAGAGAAAGAGCGAGGCAUUUGCACAUUGCCAGAGUAAAUUAGGACUGUGCUGCAUUGCCAAUGGGGAGCGACAAAAGGGGAAGAAAUUGAUGCAAGAUGCUGUUGACUUACGCCAAGAGCUGGGUGAUCAAGUGUAUCUAGCAGCCAGCCACUGCGACAGAGCAAUUGCUGCUCGUUUGAUCAAUGAGCAUUCCCGGGCCAUCACAAUACUCAAAGAAGAAUGCUACAUAAACUACUAUGAAAACUUAGGGGACCACCCUUGGGUAGCCACUGUUCUCAACUACAUCUCAGAUUCGUAUAGAGUCCUGGGAAAACUCGAAGAUGCAAUAGAGUACAGCAAGAAGUCAUUGGAUAUACGCCAGAGAACACUUGGUGAUCACCAAGACACAGCAAGAUCGUACGUCGAUCUUGCUGAACUUCUUCUCAAGAAAGGUAGGGAUCAUGAGGCUUUAGAGAAUUACGAAAGCGCUCUGUCAAUACAAGAAAAAGUACUAGGAGCUCACAAUGAAACUGAGGCAUCUUGCCAAGCCAUUGCUGAUAUCAUGGGUAAAUUAAAGUUAGAGGCAGAGCAAAAUAUGAGGAAACGCGCCGACUCUUGUCGUGAUGACCUCAACAAGCGAGAGAUGUACAAAACACAACUUUCUCAAAAUCAGAAAGAAAGAGCCGACUCACACUUGAAGGAAGAAAAGUUGAAGUGGACAUUUAAAAUAGCAAUUGUAGUUGUUCUGCCUGUUGCAUUUGUAAUAUGUAUAUUAAUUAGUUCAUUUUAAUAUAGCUAAAACUGUUGAUAGACUUCACAGCUCAUAAUGAUAUGAUAGUUAGGUUUUUAUAACGUUCGACGGAAGACCGACGGUCAAAACCGUCUGCCUCCCAGACCAUUAUUUCGGGCCUGACACCACAAGCAUUUGCAGGAUGGACAGUCCAUGUCACCCAGGCUGUCCCAGGCGCUAUACUCUCCCCAAUACCAUCACAAUUAAUAGACAUCAGACUUCAGGAUACGCAAUUCAUUCAUCUGUAAUAUAGAUAGCAGGAGCACUAAGAAAACAUGGUAGUAUGAGCGUUUUUUCAUUGUCUUUUCCUGAAUAACUUGUGAUUUUACCCUAGGCAAAAAAAAACAGCAAUAGUAUUGUAAGAAGAAAAGUCAUCAGGCGCCGGAUUUGUGAAGGGUGAAUAGUGUUAAUUAUAUCCAUCAAUAUAAAUCCUUAUCCAGCCUAUAAAGUCCAUCGAUAUUGAUUUUUCUCUGCAUUUUCUUGACAUUAAACU